UACCUUUCCUGGUCUAGGUUCAAAACAUCAACUCCAAAGCAAUGGCUGUCGCGUCCAUGGCCAGUGACGAGAAGAAGCUUCACAUAGCCAUGUUCCCAUGGUUAGCCUUUGGCCACAUGAUGCCAUACCUAGAGCUCGCCAAGCUCAUUGCUUCAAAGGGUCAUCGUAUCUCCUUCAUAUCCACACCUCGGAACAUCGAUCGUCUCCCGAAAAUCCCUCCAAAUUUAGCUCCCAUCAUAAACCUCGUCAAGCUUCCACUGCCCCACGUGGACAACCUCCCGGACAAUGCCGAGGCCACCAUAGAUGUCCCAUUGAACGUCGUCCCGUACCUCAAGAAGGCUUACGAUGCUCUCCAAGAGUCCACGACUUGCUUCCUCGAAGAUUCACGUCCAGACUGGAUUCUCUAUGACAUUGCUCCUUUCUGGCUACCGGCUAUAGCCCGAAACCUUGGCAUCCCGACCGCCUUCUUCAGUAUAUUCACUGCGGCCGGUUUGGGCUUCCUAGGGACGAAAGAAACACUGGCUGAGCGCAAGACCCCCGAGGACUUUACUGUCCCACCCCGCUGGGUCCCAUUCAAUACAACGGUGUCGUUUCGGCUCUUCGAGAUUUUGAAAGUUUUAGACCAAGGCGUGACCGGCGUCGAGGAAGACGCUUCCGAAAUGCAUCGUUUCGGAGAAGUGCUUCAAGGCUGCGACGUAAUGGCUGUGAGAAGCUGCGCGGAGUUUGAGCCAGAGUGGCUACGCCUUUUGGAGGAUAUCCACCGGAAACCGGUUCUCCCAGUGGGUCAACUUCCCCCCACGGCAUACGACAGCGAAGAUGACAGCGACACGUGGCGGUGGAUGAAAGCUUGGUUGGACAGGCAAUCCAAGGGGUCCGUAGUGUACGUAGCGUUCGGGAGCGAGGCGAAACCGAGUCAAACCGAACUCACAGAGAUAGCUCUUGGGUUGGAACAGUCCGAGGUACCGUUCUUCUGGGUGCUAAGAACUCGAAAGGGGCCAGCUGAUACUGAGGUGAUCGAGUUACCGGAGGGGUUCGAGGAACGAACCAAAGAACGAGGGGUUGUGUGCACGAGUUGGGCACCGCAGCUGAAGAUUUUGGCUCACGACUCAGUAGGUGGAUUCUUGUCUCACUCCGGGUGGAGCUCGGUGGUGGAGGCUCUUCUGUUUGAGAGACCUCUCAUACUGUUGACCUUCUUUGCAGACCAAGGGAUUAACGCUAAGGUUUUGAAUGAGAAAAAGAUUGGGUAUUUGAUUCCGAGAAACGAGGAGGAUGGGUCGUUUACGAGGGAUUCGGUGGCCGAGUCGCUGAGGCUGGUGAUAGUGGAGGAAGAGGGGAAGAAGUACAGGGAGAAGGCCAAGGAGAUGAAGGGGUUGUUUGGAGACAGGGAAGCUCAGGACCGGUACGUGGAUAGUUUCCUUGGUUACCUGGAAACCCAUCGACAACCUCAGAAGGUUGAAUAAACCUAAUCACCGGAUGGUCAAUCUAUGUACCUGCUCCCAGUGGCACCUCUUUUUUUUUUUGUUCUCAGAAGGUGGCCUGCUUAUGCUUGGUUGGUUCUUUUUAGGCUAGCAGCUGCCUGUCUUCUUUGUGUUCCAAGUGAUGUUGGCCUUGCAUGGCUAGUUGAUUCUGAUUGACUCCUUUUGUGGUUUGGUUCUCGCUCUGAUUGCGGGGUCGUAGGGGCUUAUUUGUGCUGUAGUCCUGGUGGUUCCUUUCGUGUUGUUGUUCUCGCUCGAUCUGAUUGCGGGGUUGUGGGGUCUUAUUUGUGCUGUAGUCCUGGUGGUUUUUGUCUUCUUUGUUUUCUCUCUUAAUAAAGCUUAAUUCUGAAUAA